AUGGCGGAGGAGCCUAUACCGCCCGCACCUGAGGAUGGCAUGGCCGAGCAACCAGUGGACCCAUUUAUCCCAGAGCUCAAAGAAUAUGCCCAGGUAGCUGAAUGUCCUUAUACGACUCCCAUCAUCACCCUCAAGGUCAACGGCAGCUACUACAGGAUUCCACAGCAGUACCUCCGACCAUAUAAAACUUUGCAAUUCGAACCAGAGGUUAUGUACAAUGAAUACUGGGACAGUGGGCGCCAUAAUCACCAGCUGUGCAUUGAGCCGCAAAGUGCCCAUACCUUCAUUCAUUACUUGUACACUGGACAGUAUGAGACACUUAAAACCCCGCUCGGCAUCCCUCAGUCAGCGGAUGACAUCCCCACAAUACUCAACUCUCGUGAUAGAGAAGAGUUCCAGCGCGCAGUCUAUGUAUAUCAGGCUGCCGUUCGGUACGAGAUUCCAGGGCUACUAAGCAUGGCACAGCACUUCAUGGCCCGAUUCGCCGAGAGAUUGUCAAUAGAUGAUAUUCUGCGUGCUAUUAGACGUGUUUACGGAAGCCUUCUCUCGAACCAUUGUGGAUGCACGUGGCUUGAGGGUUUCGUUCGAGACCAAUUGGAUGUGGCUUUUAUAAACACAGAUGGAAAGCUGAGACAAAUCAUAAGGGACUAUGAGGUCGGAAAUAGUGGAAGCUUCGAUAAAUUCCUUUUUGAUGAAGUAUUGGCACUAUACGAAAGAGAGCAAGACAGAUUACACCACGUGAAGAGCUUGGCCAGUUCAAGGGGAUAUCAUGAGCCUGUGCCUGAUGCUAUACUUGAGCCUGCUUGUGAGCCUGAGCCUGCGUAUGAGCCUAUGCCUGAGCCUGAGCCUGAGCUUGAGCCUGAGCUUGAGCCUGAGCUUGAUCUUCCGUGUGACGAUUCAUGUGAUCAUGAGCCACUAUUCAAACCCAUUGAAGAAGAGCCAAGACAACCUUCAACUCCAGAACCGGAGCCAGAGCAAGCAGAGCCUACUCCUGAGCCUGAAUUUAUAGCUCCUGGAAUACCCUUUCACCCUCUCUAUUCGGACUGGGACGAACUCGGAUACAAAGAGAGGAAGAAACGGGAGAAAAGUUUGAUAAAUAUGGGACAUCCUAUCCCCAGGAAAGAUUUCGAACUCCCUCUUCCGGAAUGUGAACCUCCUGCUUCAGAACCCGCAUUUGAGGAUGAUUGGGGAAACUGGCCGUCGGCGUCUUCCAAGAAAAAGAAGAAGAAGAAGCAAGAAAUAUCAUCCUCCAACUGGGAAUUUUCUACCCCGGGUAAGGAUUUCGGAUCACCUAUCCCAACUGAUGAGUGUCCUCCUCAGGAGUUUGAACCUGAGCCCGUGGCCGAGCCCGAACCCAUCCCCAAGUCCAGCUCAUCUUCUGGGUCCUGGGAGAUGCCAAACUCCAGCUACAAUGGAUAA